CCGUCAGUGUCUGUGUUGCGGAGAGACCGCUUCCUUUGCGUCUCGGCCGGAGAGAGUGGCGCUCGGCGAGCUAGCGCUCAACACAGAGCCGGCACAGGCGCAGUCUGGCGCGGGCGGCGGAUGCUCUGGGCAGUCGCUGGCCGAAAACGGAAAGGAUCUGUAGAACAGGGGGAUUUAAAUAAAAUACCGAGCGGGCGCACUAGCAGCGAAGCGACUGACGGGAGCGAGCGAGCGAGCGAGGGAGAGAGAGGGGGGAGAGUGUUUUGUAUCUUUACUAGUGGGGGGGAGGAGGAGAAUGAGCUAUUCUUGUAUCGGCACAGAGGCUGUCUGCAAUAGCCAGGACUCAUCCAGCAGCAGCGCUCAGAGGUCUGGCACUAGUAAAAGCAAUAAUCCCAGCGGUGGCAGCGGCAGAAGCGCGGAGAGCAGCGACCACCAGACCCAGGACACCCCGACCCCCAAACCACUCGUGGCAAUGAGAGUGAAGAAAGGCUGUAACUCCACCGAAACAGGGGUCCCGGUCACCACGGAGGAGGAACUGCUCAGGAAACCCGUGAUCACCCCCGAGGAUGUGCUGGGGUUGCAGAAGAUCACCGAAAAUUAUUUGUGCUCUCCUGACGAAAACGUUUACAGCAUCGACUUCACGAGGUUCAAAAUCCGGGACAUGGAAACGGGCACCGUGCUGUUUGAGAUCACCAAGCCUCCUGCAGCUGAGAGAGGCCAGGGGGACAAGAAGGACCUGGACCCCAACGCCGGCCGCUUCGUCCGCUACCAGUUCACCCCCGCCUUCCUGCGGCUGCGCCAGGUUGGAGCCACGGUCGAGUUCACGGUCGGAGACAAGCCCAUCAAUAACUUCCGCAUGAUCGAGAGGCACUACUUCCGCGAGCAGCUGCUCAAGAGCUUCGACUUCGAGUUCGGGUUCUGCAUCCCCAGCAGCAAGAACACCUGCGAGCACAUCUACGAGUUCCCCCCGCUCUCCGAGGAGAUCAUGCGCGAGAUGAUCCUCCACCCCUACGACACGCAAUCCGACAGCUUCUACUUCGUGGAUAACAAACUGGUGAUGCACAACAAGGCGGAUUACUCGUACAGCGGGGGGCCCUAGGAGCGCAGGGGCCCCGCAGGGGUGGGACAGCCAUGGACUGGAGGAGAGACACGGCCACACACAGCUGCACUCCACACUAGCCCUCCAAGCCCACGUCAGGGACCCCCAGGGAACCUCCAGCCCUCCCUCGGGGAGCUCCUGGCCUCCACCCCACUGAUCAGUAGCCAACAGGCCAGCAGGCCGGUCCCCCAUGGGCCCAGCCUGCUAAUGCACCGUCUCCUGACCUGCACACAGGCCCCGCUGAGCGAGACGCCGCUCCUACCUGCUGGGUUCCCUCUACUCUGCACGCGGGGAGGCAGCCAGUGUCACAAUUUCCCUUCUGACUGACCCCUGACUGAACCUUUUCUUCCUCCACAUUUCUCUUCACAGCUCUGGCAGCUUAUGAUUUUAGCGGUUUGAAAUCUGCAGCCUGGUUUUGGGCGUUUGUGUUCAAAACAGUCCUCUCAUGUUCUCUCUGGGCUUUUUUUUUUUUGCUGUUUGACCACUCGUGGGGAGACCAUCCAGAUUCAGAGAGGUGCACUAGUGCAUCUCGGGUGUAUUUCCCAAAGGGCAACACAAACAGUAAAACAUCAAAUGUCAGAACUAAGAAACGGGGCUUAACCAAGACUGACAUGCAUGAACUGAAAAGCAAUAAACACAAGAUACCAGGAAAAAAAUGAUGUCUGAACCCCAUGUAAUUUUUUUAAAUUAUCCCAGUGGCCAAUACAUCUAGAUUUAAUAUAUUUGACUUCUUGGAUACUUCUGAAACUGAAUUGGAUAAAAGUUGAAAAUAUCUUUGACCCCAUUAAACUCUGUUUAUGUCCUAUGAAAUGAUCGGAGCUGUAGAUUUAUCAGACAAUGUGCUGGUUAAACAUUGCCAUGUUCAACCAACACAGUUUUAAAAGACAUCUGGCUUCUUAUGCGUUCUUGAUACAAAAAAUACAAUAUUCACAUUUUAGGGCUUUUUGAAGGGACGUGAUUAAUUUGUUACAAUUGUAGUGUAGCAGCUGACUUGUGGAUGACCAUCCUUCUUAGUGAGUUGUGUUUUCUUAGUAUGACUAAAUACUAUUGUAUAAAUUCUACAAACCAUCCUUGAGCUCUCCUAAUGCUUUUCUUUUGAACAGUCAAUUAGAAAAACAUUCAAUUAUUACUCUGUCAUGCAGUAAAUAAGCAAGUUUACUUACCAUUUUUGUGUAUAAUGGACUUGAGCUUACAGAAGGGACUUCUAACAAAUUGUAAACUGGUACUGUAUGUGUGUGCGUGUCGGUGCGUGUUUGUGUGCAUUUGUCAACUGAGCUGAAUGACUAACUGGAGUUGUGACUGAAAACGUCUUUAUUGCAAGGACGUGCUGCGCUGGCUUGUGUAGCACGAUGCAGGUUGACUGUUAUCCUCACUGUAUCUAUUAGUCUUAGAAAACAAACUGUGAUUGCUGUUCAGCUGUGACCAGGGAUCAUGUCCUUAUUUGUCAACACCACUGCACAAGAGAGUGUGUGCGCUUUAAAUGCGUAUAGUUUAACUAGUUUUUCCCGUUGUGUCAACUUUAAUAAAGAAGUGGGGCUCCCAGUAUAGAAAGUUUUCCAUAAGAUUUAUCCAUAGAGAAAUCUGAGAUUGGAAACGUUUUUCUGAUACUUUGUUCUAGAUUAGAAUGUUGUGUAACACAACGGCCGUCUGUUAUAGUUAGAACAUUAUACUCACUCUCUGUUUGUUACAAGUGACGACACUUGAACACCAUAAUCCAGUGCUAAUUUCUAGUUAAGAUUUAAUCCAAAUUUCCUUUGACUCUUUACUUAUAUGUAUUUUGAAUUAUUUUUUCUUUUUCUUACCACACUUAUAGAGUGAGUUAGGAUGAAGAAAACUGCUUAUCUAUCCUACAGCAUUUAUGGUGUUAUUACACAGAAGCUCAGGCAGCCAGUGCACAACUCUGUGCACAUCUUUUCUAGCCCCCACCUCCCUCCACCACAACUUCACCCUUGCAGCUGCCUCCCUGACUCAUUCCUCGUAAGUCAGGAGGGUGGUGAUUGUGCUGAUCUUGGAGUUAACACAAAAUUAUUAAGCACAGUACACUGUGUUUUUUUAUAUUCUUGGGCUCAUUUCGGCAUGAUUAGGAUUUGACUGAAGAGCUGAAAUCAAAGUAGCAACUUUUUAAGGCGCUCACCUGUGCGGGAAUUCAUUUCACAUGACUCUUUGAGUUCCAAUACGGAGCAAACCCAGAUUUGAUGUGCCACUCUCUCGAGCACAUGUAGCUCUUCCGGUCUUUAGAAUCUGCUGUUUCUUGGACAACAUACUGAAAGUGAAAAAGGCUUUCUUCAGCUUUUGUGGCAGUGAGAGAAACAGCGGGGGUUUUUCAAAAACAGACCAAAGGAGGUCGGGAAUCCUGACGCUCGCUGCACGUUGUGAAUGUUUGCCUCAAACGAGCGACAGACAUCUCUCUCCCUGCAACUCGCACAACACAGGAAAAGGGUGGGGGGGUGGGAAUAUUCAAUUAAACAU